CCUUUAAAAUAAGCGCUGGGCAGGCGCGUUCCAAGUCCAUAUAAAAUGGCAGAUUUAUUUUUUAUCUCAUGCUGUCUAGAGAGAGGGAGAAGCUGAAAGUGUUCCAAAGAGAUCCUCAGAAGAAAAAUGGAGAAAAAGGCAGAGACUCCUGUGCCUAGAGUAGCUGUGGUAGUCUUCCUGUUGAAAGGGAAAUCGGUGCUGUUGGGGCGACGCCGCUCCUCCAUCGGUGACUCUACCUUUGCCCUUCCUGGCGGUCACCUAGAGUUUGGGGAGAGCUUUGAGGAAUGUGGGACAAGAGAGAUGAAAGAGGAAACAGGUUUGGAUAUUUCCAAAAUAGAAUUUCUAACGGUUACCAACAACCCCUGCCUGGAGGAACCAAGGCCAUCACAUUAUGUUACCAUCUUUCUUCGUGCAAUCUUGGCCGACCCCAAUCAAGUGCCCCAAAAUCUUGAGCCUGAGAAGUGCUAUGGUUGGGAAUGGUAUGAUUGGGACAACCUCCCAAAACCAUUGUUUGGACCAUUGGAAAAAAUGGCACGGAGCGGCUUCAAUCCUUUCCCAACUGACCAUAAUAUUUGAUGAGGGGAUGAAUGGUGUUACCAGCUUAUGGCUAUCAUCACAUUGAUACCAAGGGUAUAAAAUUCAGGACUUUUGGUAUCUGUAUUGGAUUUGGAAGAUUUUCUUGAAUGCUAUUGCUGAAUCUUUUUGUUAAAUUAUAUGAAGGAGCAGCAAAGUUUAAGUUUGUUAUUCAUAUGGUCUUAGAAUUUCUCCAUGCUCCAUAGCCUGAUAUUCUAGGUUAGAGUAUGGAACAAGGAGCUGUCCACAACUCCUUUCAAAUUGUAAUAGGAUACGAGCCAUUAAUAUAUUUUAUAUAUUUAAA